AUGUUCUACCGCAGCCCUGAAGAGAGGCAAAAUGGCAUCCAUCUACACUCUGUAGAAGACGAUGCGAUCUACAAGGCCUCGUUUAUUCGCUACCGGAACGCCGCUAUGCCGAAUCUACUGUCCCAAAUUGUGCAACUCUGCACGGAAACUACCGAAUUAGACUCUCGCUGCAGCAUACCCCAGGUCUUCAUCAACAGGCCCAUGCUAGACGAAUACAUCAGGAUCAGCGGGACGUAUGCAGGUGGCCUAGAAACCGAUACUCCACAGCCUUGGGAGUCGCAGACUGCUCUCUGGGAGUUCAUCUCAAAGACAUCGUUCGCUCGAGUCACUCUGGGCAGCGGAAAUUUCCCAUCACCGCCCUCUGACGACGAGCGUGCAGAGUUGAUGCUGCUGCAGCGACUCAUUCAGCGUCGACUGGCUAGAGCAAACGAUGGUAAUUUAGACGAUGGCACAGCGUAA